UCAUCUCCUCAUUCAUCUCGAUUCAUCUCUUCUACUCCUCCCCCCCCCCAUAUCCAUGACAAUGCCAGCAGACGAGAAACCGGCAAGGUUGCCAGGCAAGGCCCGCGCCUGCGACCAGUGCCAUCGUCGUCGUGCAAAGUAGUGUGAUGGACAACAACCAUGUGCACGAUGUGGCGACAGGGCUUGUACAUACAACCGCCCACUUAUGCGCAAGGGGCCCGAACCGGGAAAGCGGAAGCGCGAUCGCGAGGCGUCAGAAGCAGGUCGACUUAGCUCCUCGUCGCCGUCAGUGCCCAGCUCAAUCCCGUCAGUGCCCUCCACGGCGCCAAUAUCCGCACCAUCGGCGUGGUCGGCCCUCUCCCUUCCGCCCAACCAGACAGGCUUGGACAACGGAAGCGCCUUCACCACUAGUGCAGACGAUGCGCUCACCCAUCUCUUCGGCGAGCACGGCUUCGGCUUUGAUAUUGGCACAUGGUUCCUACCACCGCUGAGUCUCGCUGCCCACGGAAUUCCCGACACGGCCCCGCCUCCGUCCACCAGUAACAAACUCCUCGACGGGCCGACCCUCUCAGCUGUCCUAGACCUCGUCCCGACUUUCUACUCCCGCAACGUGUACAUUGUCACGUUGCUGCCGUACGCGUACAUCGACGCGCGGACACACCGGGGCGACCACGACUCGGCGCCUGACUUUGCCGCUCUGCUGGUUGCCAUGGCGGCCAAUGUGCUGCUCCACACCGUCGAAGCGCGCGAAGCGUUUGAAGGCACCCGCGUGAUCCGCGCACGCGAGCUACUCGACCUCGCAUGUCGCCUCAAGGGGACAGCGGGGUGCGGCGCAGCUGUGGGCAUAGACGCCGUACUUUCCAGCUUCCUCCUCUUCCUUUGUUUCUUCGGCCUUGGCGACUAUGACGCCGGGUGGUUCCGCCUGCGCGAGUCUCUCACGCUCGCCGAGUGCAUGGUCACGCAGCAGGAGCGCGCCAUCGGCACUCCAGAUGAGAUUGACGACGAAGAACGGAUGCGCCGCACGCGCCUAAUCGGAUUGCUGACAGUCUGCGAGCGGGCAUACUCGCUUAAGCGGCAUAGGCCGUCUACAGAAUGGCGGGACGCGGCACUGAAGCGCGGCGCGGCAGACCCGCAAGCCCCUCACGAGCGCGCGGUGCGGGGACUCUCGCUACUCCUGCGCGUCUUCUCUCUCAUCGACACGCGCGUUAUCAACUGCUGGAACGCAGUGCCAGGACAUGAGCCAGGUUCGUGUGGGCUGACGCGCGAGACGCUCGUGCAGCUUCAGCACGAUCUCGACAACGUCUUCGGGCCCAACGGAGAAGACGUGGCUCUCAACCCUCCAGACCCCAGCCGCGCACUCACGGAGGGCCAGCGCGCCGACCUGCUCAUGAACCAAAAGUGGCUCAAGAAUCGCGUGUUCGAAUUGAGCGUCGCACACGGCUUUGUGCACCCGCUCAAGGACCAGGGGGAAGAACCCGCAUGGGAGCUUUCGCCGCUGUACGCGAUAGCGCUCGGCAACACGACGCUGGCGAUGUACCGGGGGCUCUCGCCUCGUGGGGCCGAAUAUAACGGGCUCAUGUGGUGCGAGAAGCUUUGGCACAUUGGGCGCACGAUCGUCGAGAUGGCCGAGAUGGACGCGAGCGUGCUUGACGCGCCGGUGUCGGGCCCCGAGAUGACUAUGACGGGACGCGAGACGCUGGCGCAGCUUCUCGCACAGAUCACACUCUUCCGGGCUGGCCAGAACCCAUACAUCCAAAGGCUGGCCGAUGACAUUGCAAGGGUGAUGUAGCAGUUUGGGGGACAUGCAUGUUGUACACGU